AUGGAAAGAAAUGGAGAUGCUAUAAAGAAGCUUAUCUCGAUUCAAAAUACUGUGAAAGGCAUGUGCAUAGAGGCAGAAAUCGUUCAAGAAAGCAUGUGGAAUUUUGGCUUGAUUUUUGGGCGAAGUGGAAGUGGAACAACUACUCUUUUACAGUUUAUUGUUGGUUUAUCUAAACCAACUUCAGGCUCAAUGGUGAGGAACUGUAUUAGAAGUAAUGUUGAAGAUGUUGAGUUGGCAGCAGUUCCAUGUGGAUUUGGAAAUGCUAUUGGUAAUAAGAUUCAACAGGGAGGAGUUGGAUUGAGGAUGAGAAUCUGUGGUCAGAUUAUAUGUUUUGUGAACUAUCACUUUUCUGCACAUCUGGAUGUUGUUAACAGGUGUAAUGACUGCACAUUGAGUUCAUGA